CUCACGGAGCUCCCGGACGCCUCUCCCUCAUAUUUCUGCUUACUGUCCUUCGCCAAUCUUCGCGUAAGAAGGAGCAGGCAAAGCGAAGCGAAACGCGUCUGUUUUCUGUGUGCCAUGUUGCUGUGCCCUGCGUAAACCCCCCCUCCCAGGCAGCAUGGCAUCGGGCGGCGACCCGAGGGAGUCCCACGAGGAGCCCGCCCCCAGCCCGCCGGAUGCCGAUGACGUCCACCCGCUCCUGCAGAUGGAGCAGCAGCAGAUUCAGAAGAGGACCUUCACCAACUGGAUCAAUGCUCAGCUGUCCAAGCGCAGCCCACCCACCGUGGUGCAGGACCUCUUCACGGACCUCUGUGACGGGUCGCGGCUCCUGGACCUGCUGGAGGUGAUGAGCGGCCAGCGCAUGAAGCGAGAGAAAGGUGGAGGUGUCUUCAAGCACAGGGGUGACAUCGAGAGGGCUCUGAACUACUUAAAGAAUAAACCAGCGCGACUCUGCACACAGAUCCGACCGCUGGACCAAAGCAUUGCUGACAUCAUCGAUGGGAAACCCUCCACCAUCCUCGCCCUGGUGUGGACCAUCAUCCUGCAUUGUCAUAUCGAGGAUCUGGCUGGUACACUUUCACUGGGAGCACGGCAGGCCUCUCCGGAGUCCAUGGGAGCACGACAGGCCUCCCCGGAGUCCCUGGGAGCACAGCAGGCCUCCCCGGAGUCCCUGGGAGCACGGCAGGCCUCCCCGGAGUCCCUGGGAGCACGGCAGGCCUCCCCGGAGUCCCUGGGAGCACAGCAGCCCUCCCCGGAGUCCCUGGGAGCACGGCAGCCCUCCCCGGAGUCCCUGGGAGCACGGCAGGCCUCCCCGGAGUCCCUGGGAGCACAGCAGCCCUCCCCGGAGUCCCUGGGAGCACGGCAGCCCUCCCCGGAGUCCCUGGGAGCACGGCAGCCCUCCCCGGAGUCCCUGGGAGCACAGCAGCCCUCCCCGGAGUCCCUGGGAGCACAGCAGGCCUCUCCGGAGUCCCUGGCCAGUCUUGGUUCCCCCCUGCACAUGCACUCCCGUGUCUCAGCCAAGAAGAACCUGCUGCUUUGGGUUCAAGAGCAGUGCCACAGGGCGGGCUGCGCCAUCAGCGUUUCGGACUUCAGCUCCAGCUGGAGGAAUGGUAUGCCGUUCCUGGCCAUUCUCCACGCACUGCGGCCCGGCCUGGUGGACCUGUCCAAGGCCACCACCAGAACUAACCAGCAGAACUUGGAGGAGGCUUUCCAGAUGGCUGAGAAGAUGAUGCACAUUCCCAGACUGCUGGAGCCUAGGGAUGUGGAUAUCAAAGAACCAGAUGAGAAGUCCAUAAUGACCUAUGUGGCCCAGUUCCUGCAGUACGCCAGAAAUCUGCCGAUGACUGACAGGGAGCUGAUGGCCUCCACCAGUCAGGCCCAGGAUGUGACCCUUUGGCUGCUGCAAGCCCACCAGGAGCUGCUGGACACCUGGGCUUCUACUGAGGCUUUAUGCUAUGCAGAGAGAUACCAGGCAUUCCAGGAGUUUGUGGUCUCCGUGACAGAGAGGCAGCAGCAUGUCCUGCCUCUGCUACCUGCCGUCUGUCAGACCUCCGCGCUCAGCGUUGAGCAGCAGGCCCUGAGGAAGGCCUGGGACGCACUGGCUGAGAAGAUGGAGCAUUGUAAGGCGGAGCUAGAUCUCGGUCUCCCCGCCCCUCUGGACGCGGUUGGCCAAUGGCUGCGGCAGGUGGAAGAGGUGUUGGCUGAGGAGGGCGAUGACGUCCCUGACCACGCCCUGGCUGCCAAGAACUCUAGAGACAAGCAGGGUCUCCUUAAGGCCUCCAUGAAGCAGAUAAAUCAUCACCUGCACAUACUCCAGGCCUUCUGCAAUGCUGACCAGUAUGGGGCUAUUCUGGUACCAGUACACAAACUUGAUGAGAUGAGGAGACGGUUCACCAGCAUACAAGUGACAACCAAGUACCGCCGGGUGCAGCUGGAAUACCAGGAGCGCCAGCACACUGUUCUGGAGCUACUGAGCCAGUUAAAGGGGAAGCUGAGCUCCUGGACUGGGCCCUACAGCUGCCAGGAGGACGUGAGGGUCCUGCUGCAGGACUGGCGUAACGCAGUGGAAAAGCAGGGUCUGAUCUCCCAGCUGGAGGCUGCACUGCGGCAGCUGAGGAGCAUCUCCAGCAGCUACACCAGCAGAAUAGUUCUGGCUGAGGACUCCCAGCGAGUCAGUGGCCGGGUGAGGGAGCUCCUGGAUGAGAGCUUUGCUGUGGUGGAGGCCGCGAGAGCAGCAGGGGGCGCCAUGGAGCGUGUGCAAUCCACCUGGGAUUCCUACUGCGAGGGCCUCAGCUCCCUGCAGGCCUGGUCGCACCACAGCCAGACAGCAGAGGUGGCACCUGCAUGCCUGGAGGACUGGGGGUCCCAGCAGGCUCGCCUAAUCAAGGAGGGCCGUGUCCUGAUGGGAGUGACGCAGGCACAGUGCAGCAGUGCCCUGGCAGAGGAACUGCAGCAGGUUGAGGACCAGAGGGUCACCAUGGCGACGAGGGCCCACCCCGAGAUGUCCCCUCGAUUGCUGAGCCCCCAGGCCACCCAGAGCCUCGUCCACAAGGCCACGGACCUGCUCAGGGAACCGCUGGAGGUGUCUGCUGCUCCCCUGCGCACUUACAGGAAAAGGCUGCAGCUGAUGGAGAAGGAGCUGAAGGGGCUGGAGGCAGAGAGCCUCGCCCUGCCUUCACAAUGGAGCCGCGAGGCCCAGCAGCAUCUCAGGCGCUCUCUCUAUCAGGUGAGGGAGGCACUGGAAGAAGCAGAGCAGGCCUGUGAAGGUCUGCAGCAUGGCGCAGGAGAGCUGGAGGCAAGGCUAGCAGAGCUGAGGCGCUGGGAGAUGGACGCCGGGGAACUCUACCGGCUCCUGGUGCGAGGCCAGGCGAGAGGUUCUCAAGCUCCGGACCCCAGAAUCAGGAGGUUGAUCUCUCAGGGCCUGAGGCUGGAAGCGCAGGUGAUGGCAGAGGGGAAGGAGCUGGAGGGGGUGUCAGUCGCAGUGCGGGGGAGGACAUCUAUACAGGGCCUGAGCACCUCUGUGAUGAAACAACAGGUUCAAGAAGCUGUGCAACGAGUCCAGGAGGCUGUGAGAAUGCUCAGCUCGUGGAGUUACAGCCCAGCUGAACUGGUCCAGUCCCUGUCCAAAAACAGAACCACUCAGACUUCAGACACAGAAAUCUACACCGCAACACAGGCUCAGGCCCCAGCCCAGAGCUACACAGAGACCUACACCACAACACAGGCUCAGACCCCAGCCCAGAGCUACACAGAGACCUACACCACAACACAGGCUCAGACCCCAGCCCAGAGAUACACAGGGACCUACACCACAACACAGGCUCAAGCCCCAGCCCAGAGAUACACAGGGACCUACACCACAACACAGGCUCAAGCCCCAGCCCAGAGAUACACAGGGACCUACACCACAACACAGGCUCAAGCCCCAGCCCAGAGAUACACAGGGACCUACACCACAACACAGGCUCAAGCCCCAGCCCAGAGAUACACAGGGACCUACACCACAACACAGGCUCAAGCCCCAGCCCAGAGAUACACAGGGACCUACACCACAACACAGGCUCAAGCCCCAGCCCAGAGCUACACAGGGACCUACACCACAACACAGGCUCAGACCCCAGCCCAGAGAUACACAGAGACCUACACCACAACACAGGCUCAGACCCCAGCCCAGAGCUACACAGAGACCUACACCACAACACAGGCUCAGACCCCAGCCCAGAGCUACACAGAGACCUACACCACAACACAGGCUCAGACCCCAGCCCAGAGCUACACAGAGACCUACACCACAACACAGGCUCAGAUCCCAGCCCAGAGAUACACAGAGACCUACACCGCAACACAGGCUCAGGUCCCAGCCCAGAGCUACACAGAGACCUACACCACAACACAGGCCAUGGUCAGGAGAAGAUUUGACCAGGCUAGAGAAUGUCUGCAGCAUCAUAUCACGGAGGCCAUCGCCAUCUGUAGUGCCGGGCGAGUCUUGGGACUCCAAGAGGCCCAAAAAGAGAAGCUUCUGCGGACUUUGAAGCCGGACCUCCUGGAGGAGUUCCUGACAGCCACAGAGGACAUGAGAGCAUUCUGUGGCCCUGCUCAGAUGAGAGAGGCGGAGCUCCUUAGCCAAUCAUUGAGGGCACAGUGGGAGGCUUUGUACUCAGACAUAAGCACCUUUUCAUCAUGCGUACCAGUAGAGACUAAACGACAGCGUGGUAACAGAGCUGCCAUGUCAUGGGGCGCGCAGUUAGACGCACAGCGAUGUGGGGCCGAGUCUGAACGUGCUCGACAGGCAUGUGUCACGAUGGAGGUCAGCCAGGAUCCAAAGGCCCUGACACAGCCGAGUCUGACACACAAGGUCCCAGCAAGUGCCGAGCUGGGAAGAGGGGCAGCGAAAGGCAGAACCGAACCCAAGGGUACAUCAGCAAGAUUUGAGAGUACAAUCACAGCUGAAGACGCAACAAGGCCCAAGGACACUGAGGCAACUAGGAAUGCAGUAAGGCGUGAGGAUGCAGCAGGAGCCCAGCGUGAGAGAAGAGAGAGGCCUGAACGUGCACUGACAACUAGGGACUCAUCAAAAGAUGAGGGCGAACCAGCAGUUAAGGUCAUAGUCAGACUGACGACUGCAGACCAAACAAAAGCUAAAGAAACACCAACAAUUAAGGUCAUUAAAAGACCCAAGGAUACUGUGGACGAAACAAAACUUGAGGAUACGCUGACAACUAAAGGUGCAACAGGCCCAGAAGAUGCACUGAAAUCUAAGAGUACUCCAGAGCCCGAAGAUGCACUGGAAUCUAAGAGUACUCUGGGUCCUGAAGAUGCACUGGAAUCUAAGAGUACUCCGGGUCCUGAGGAUGCACUGGAAUCUAAGAGUACUCCAGAGCCCGAAGAUGCACUGGAAUCUAAGAGUACUCUGGGUCCUGAAGAUGCACUGGAAUCUAAGAGUACUCCAGUAGCUGAGGUAGAAAAGAGACAUGAGACCAUGCUGUAUCGAGCCAGGGCUCAGCUGAAGGACUGCAGGAGUAGAGUGGAGGUUGUACAGCACCCAUCUGAUCAUCCAAGCAGUAUUCCCUUUGACGCUUGGCACCUCCCAGGCGACAGUGAGCAGACCCAGCAAGGAGCACGUCCCAUGCCUGCCGGUAUUCCACAGGGCCCUCCUGGCUCUCAGGUCUGUCAAGUAAUCGUCAGGACAGAGUGCGUGGAACGGCAGCAGAUGGCAGAGCACACUGUCAUUGAGACAGUCCCACAGGACUCUGAGAACAUCACACCGCUGAUGGUCCCACGAGAUGUCCAUACCAUCACAGAGGAUGUCCCACAGAAAGUGCAGUCGACUGAGCAAAGUAUCACACAGAAGGUGCUGCCCACUAAACAGGAAGUCGGCCUUCAGCCCACUAAACAGGAAGUCGGCCUUCAGCCCACUAAACAGGAAGUCGGCCUUCAGCCCACUAAACAGGAAGUCGGCCUUCAGCCCACUAAACAGGAAGUCGGCCUUCAGCCCACUAAACAGGUCAUCGGCCUUCAGCCCACUAAACAGGAAGUCGGCCUUCAGCCCACUAAACAGGAAGUCGGCCUUCAGCCCACUAAACAGGAAGUCGGGCUUCAGUCUACUAAACGGGAAGUUGUCCCAAAGGGACCAGAGUUAGUUAAACAAGAUGAUGUCCCAGAAGAUGUCCAGGUAGCCAAGCAAAGCCUCACGCGGGAAGUGCUGUCUACUGAACAGGAUACUUGUCUUCGCUCCAUUGAACAGGAAACUAUUCCAUGGGAAGCAGAGUUACCCCAACAAGUGUCAGUCCCAGACAAAGUUCAGUUGAGCAAAUGGGAAGCUGUCCGACCAGAAGCGUCCUCCUUCAGACAGAGUGUUCUUCCACAGGAAGUUCAGUCCUCUGCACAGGAAGUUAUGGAGCGGUACCAAAGCUCCAGGAGCUCCUUCCAGGCCCAGCUGGACUUCAAUGACCAGAGGCUUCGAGGUCUGUUCCUCAGCAGCCCUGUGACCAGCGCCGACCUGCAGAGUCUCCUUCUCGAGCUACAGGUUCUAAAACAGAACACAGAGGCCCUGUGGUUCGAGUAUGAACUCCAGUCCGCCCAGUGCUCCCAGCUUAAUACUGCAAUGUACAGUGUGGAGGAGAAUUGGACUGAGCCGAUUCAGCAGUGGAGAGGACAGCAGAUCAGAAUCCAGAGGAGGACGGAGUCACUGAGCUUGGCUGCCGGGCUGAUGGAGCCCACGGAAAAGCAGAUGGCCCUGAUCUCUGAGCGACUGGACGUCUUCGUGGGGGAACCCUGGGAAACGUCCUCUUUCACCUGGAUGGACCUACAGAAGGAGAUUAAGGAACUAGAGGAAAAUAUUCAGCGCCAGAUGGACCGCCUGCUGAACCUGGACAAUGAGGAGGGCCCGGUUCUGGGCCAGCUGGACCCGACUGACCGGCAAGCCCUAAGCCACUUGUCUGAGGAGUGCAGGCAGAGACUGGGCCGAAUGAGAGGGCAGCUGGGCCAGGUGGAUUUAGCCGGCCAGGCCCUGCACCACUUUCUCCAGUCCCUGCAGAGCUCAGAGUGGCAGGUCCUGGAGGCACAGGGUGCGGUGUCGCCCCAUGAAUGUCGCUCUCGGCUGGCGGGGGUCCGCCAGAGUGUGCGCGGCAUCGGGGACGAGGCGUCGGAGGUGGACUGCGCCCUUAAGGGGGCUCGGGUGUCGCUGGCCCAGAACGGGGUGCCGCUGUCCUGCGAGGAGCUGGUAGUGGCCAUGGUGCAGAAGCUGGAGGAGGCCGACGCUCACUCCGCCCAGGAGCUGCGUGGCUUCCAAGGGGAGCGGGAUUCCCAUGCUCUGCAGCCCAGGAAGACGGCCCUACAGGGGAUGCUGUUGGACAUCCAGGAAGCAGCGGGGAGGGAGCCUCUGACAGAGCUCACCCUGCCUGCCGUGCAGCAGAGGAUGCGUGCAUUGACCAACCUGGAAACCCAACUGGCUAAGCACCGGCAAGAUAUCCACAGCCUGCAGGACAUGUUUGCGCAGCUGAGCCCUGAAGAGGGGGGCAGUGCAGUCGAGGAGCUGGAGAAGCAGUGGAAGGAGGCACACCGAACUGUGGCUGACCACAAAGUCCACUGUCAGACACUUACUCAGCUGAUGAAGAAAUUCCAGAGCUGUCGCAGUCGGCUUGAUGGUGCCCUGCAGAGAGCCGAGCAGGCUGUGAGCGAGCGUGCGUCCUACAUGGGCAAGGAGAACCUGCACCGCUGCAUAGCCAGGGUCCAGGGGAUGCAGCAGACACUGAGUGGCCUUGGCGAUGGCGUCCAGGAGUUACGGGGGCUGUGCAGACAGCUGCAGUCUCAGCUGCGGACGAUCCCAGCAUGCACGGAGGCGCCCUUCGAGGCUGAGGCAGACACGCUGGUGGACCGCUGGCUGGAUGUGACGGAGAAGACGGACGUCCACUUGGACAGCCUGCAGACGGGGCUGGUGCUGUGGGAGAAGCUGCAGGAGCUGGGCGGGGAAGUGCAUGGCUGGACCGAGAGUCAGUUGGCCGCGUUCACCGGCGGGAGCCGCUUGUGGAGCCAGCAGGAGGUCGCCGCCCUGCUGGUGGAAAUCCAGGUCCAGGAGGAGAAGCUCGAGCACCUCCACAGGAGAUCCUUUGAGAUAAUGCAGCUCCUGCAGAGCUCAGAGAUGCCCCUAGAGCUGCAGGUGCUGGAGACCCAGCUGAGGAAGAGGAUGAUGCAGGUGAAGGAGCUCUUCACCUCUAGCUGCGAUGCCCUGCAGAGUGUAGCCUUCGGGCCGGCAGAGUGUCCCUCUCUCCCAGUGCUGUCUUCUCUGCGCGUGCUCCGCGUGCCCCCCCAGAUGCCCCCCCAGAUGCCCCCCCAGGCCCAGGUGCCGGACGGGCGGACUGAUGUCCCUCUGCAGGAGGCCCUCCUCAGAGCCAGCACCACUCUCUCUCAUGCUCCGAGAAGCAGAACGAAAGCCGAAGGACUCCAGCUCAGUGACCGCGCUUGUGCCGCCCACGAGCUGAUUGGUCAGAAGAGGGAGCAGGUACAGGGAGGUCUUCUCGAAACAGCCAAAGAUCAGACAUUUCACCUGCAUCUCCAAGACUCCCAUGAUGCAACAAAGGGACAACUGUUUGUCUCCCAGCAGACUGCGGCCCUGAAGCAGAAGCAGUUGGCACGGGCUGUCUGCACCUCCAGUGAGCAGGCACCACCUGCGGAAAACGAAGGGGAAGCUGCAUCCCUUUCAGGAAGACAGGGUCCGGGCUUCACUGGAAAGAAACGUCUGACGAAUCGUGAGACAGACAACAGCUUUGACAAGGUGGAGGUAUGGUGUGAAAGUGAAAGGCUGAGCGGUGCGCAAACCAAAGAGGCUGACGUCACAUCAGAACAAGGUAGACUGCAGUCUGCAAUAUCCAAAACGGAGGCGGGCUGUUUGCCGUCCGUGGAGAGACGUGAGUCAAAAGAAAUAAGUUACGAUGUGGAACAAAUGUUGUGCAGAGAGAUGCAGCAGUUUAAGGCUGAAUCUGAUGAUCACGAUACAAAAGGAGAAAAAAUACAAUAUGGGAAAGAUAAAAUUACGACUGGGACUGGAAAGAAGGAGGCAAAACUGGGAUCAAAUGAAAAGGUUGCGGACUCAGAGGAGCGGAAAUGUAAGACAAACACAGCACAAGAAAGAGGGACAUGGCAAUCUGUGACAAAAGGGACAAUGAAAGACGUGACACUUGAGGGAGGAGCACUGCAAGCUAAAAUUGCACAUAGGGAAUGUGAGUUGACAGGAGAGAGAAAGACAACACAAUCUGAGAUAUCAACAUUAGAGGCAGAACUGACAGCAGAUGAAGGCAGACUGCAAGCUGAGAUUCCUAAAACUGAAUCAACAAUUGCCUUCGAUACAGAGCUAACUGAAUCUGUGAUAGAAGUUGUAGAUGUAGAUGCCAUGGCAGACAGAGAUAUGCUCCAAGUAGACCUUCCUAAAUCAGACUCUGAUGUCACUGAGGGUCAGUCAAGAACGCAGACAGUGAUAAAAAUCAGUGAAGUUUGUUUUACACCAGAAAGGGACACAAAGCAAGAUGAGAUUGCAACAGCUGAGGUUACAGUCACAUCGGGCAGCGAGGUAGUAGAGCCUGAGAUAUGCCGUCCCUCAACAGAAAGUGAGAGAGUGGAGUUUGAGAUAGCAAAGGCCGAGCCUGAAGUCACACUUGACAUUGUUACACUGAAACCUAGUAUUGCAAAGAUCGAGCCAGAUCUCAGACCAGACACAGACAGACUGCAAACUGAGCAGCUAAAGGUCAAGAUUGAUCUCUCAUCAGAUAGUGAUAGAGUGACACCUGAAAAAUCAGAGACUGACACGGAUGUUACACCGGAGAGAGAAACCCUGCUAUCAGACAUUCCAAGUCCCAAGGCUGAUGUGGUGUCAGGGAGUAAAAGAAUAGAAUCUACUAAAAGAACAACUGAAGUCAAAGUGAAAACGGGUCGCCGGCGAGUGAAAUCAAAAUCACAAGAUGUUAUUUCAUUGGGAGAAUUGGACAGGGAGAGGCAGCCAUCUUUGAGCCCAGAUAUUAAAGCCGAUGUAACAUCAUUCAGUGAAAGAGAGCAAUCAGAGAUAUUCAGCACAGAGUCUGACUUUAAACCUCUUAGUGCCAGUGUCCAAUAUGAGAGUCAUAGUACUAAAGUAGAAGUUAAACCUGCCCCUGAAAUUAUAAGCUUGGAGACACCUAAGACAGAGACAGAGAUAGUGAUAGAGUGA